CGCUGUAGGGGGGCGGGGAAUAUCGUCUAAGGCGACCGUGGCAGCUUGGGCAUCGACGACUGGCAGUGGUGGCGGCUCCUGGUGCGGUUCGGCGCGCGGCCAGUUUUAGAGUUCGGAACGGAACGCUCGACGUCGCGGUCCCCGCCCGGAAAGUUUGCUGCGGAGCUGCAACCUCCUGGCCGGCGCGGCCCGGCAUGAAGCGGCGCUGAGGAGCCGCCGCCGCCGCCGCCGCCGCCGCCGCCUGAGGAGGAGCCGCAGCACCCUGGGCCACGCCGAUGACUACUGCAAACUGUGGCCCCCACGACGAGCUCGACUUUAAACUCGUCUUUGGCGAGGACGGGGCGCCGCCACCGCCGCCCCCGGUCUCGCGGCCUGCAGAUCUUGACCCAGAUGAUUGUGCAUCCAUUUACAUCUUUAAUGUAGAUCCACCUCCAUCUACUUUAAACUCACCACUUUGCUUACCACAUCAUGGAUUACCGUCUCACUCUUCUGUUUUGUCACCAUCGUUUCAGCUCCAAGGCCACAAAAACUAUGAAGGAACUUGUGAAAUUCCUGAAUCUAAAUACAGCCCAUUAGGUGGUCCCAAACCCUUUGAGUGCCCAAGUAUUCAAAUUACAUCCAUCUCUCCUAACUGUCAUCAAGAAAUUGAUGCUCAUGAAGAUGACCUACACAUAAAUGACCCAGAAAGGGAAUAUUUGGAAAGGCCUUCUAGAGAUCAUCUCUAUCUUCCUCUUGAGCCAUCCUACCGGGAGUCUUCCCUUAGUCCUAGUCCUGCCAGCAGCAUCUCUUCUAGGAGCUGGUUCUCAGAUGCGUCUUCUUGUGAAUCUCUUUCUCAUAUUUAUGAUGAUGUGGAUUCGGAGUUGAAUGAAGCUGCUGCCCGAUUUACUCUCGGAUCCCCUCUGACUUCUCCUGGUGGCUCCCCAGGAGGCUGCCCUGGAGAAGAGUCCUGGAAUCAACAGUAUGGACUUGGACACUCCUUGUCACCUAGGCAAUCUCCUUGCCACUCUCCUAGAUCUAGUGUCACUGAUGAGAAUUGGCUGAGCCCCAGGCCAGCCUCAGGACCCUCAUCAAGGCCUACUUCCCCUUGUGGGAAACGGCGGCACUCUAGUGCUGAGGUUUGUUAUGCUGGGUCCCUUUCGCCUCAUCACUCACCUGUUCCUUCUCCUGGUCACUCCCCCAGGGGAAGUGUAACAGAAGAUACCUGGCUCAAUGCUUCUGUCCAGGGUGGAUCAGGCCUUGGCCCUGCACUUUUUCCAUUUCAGUACUGUGUAGAGACUGAUAUUCCUCUGAAAACAAGGAAGACUUCUGAAGAUCAAGCUACUGUACUACCAGGAAAAUUAGAGCUCUGUUCAGAUGACCAAGGGAAUCUUUCACCAUCCCGGGAAACUUCAAUAGAUGAUGGCCUUGGAUCUCAGUAUCCUUUAAAGAAAGAUUCAUCUGGUGACCAAUUUCUUUCAGUUCCUUCACCCUUUACCUGGAGCAAACCAAAGCCUGGUCAUACCCCUAUAUUUCGCACAUCUUCAUUACCUCCACUAGACUGGCCUUUACCAACUCAUUUUGGACAAUAUGAACUGAAAAUAGAAGUGCAACCUAAAACUCAUCAUCGAGCCCAUUAUGAAACUGAAGGUAGCCGAGGAGCAGUGAAAGCAUCUACUGGGGGACAUCCUGUUGUGAAGCUCCUGGGCUAUAGUGAAAAGCCGAUAAAUCUACAGAUGUUUAUUGGAACAGCAGAUGAUCGAUAUUUACGGCCUCAUGCAUUUUACCAGGUGCAUCGGAUCACUGGGAAGACAGUUGCUACUGCAAGCCAAGAGAUAAUAAUUGCCAGCACAAAGGUUCUGGAAAUUCCACUUCUUCCUGAAAACAAUAUGUCAGCCAGUAUUGACUGUGCAGGUAUUUUGAAACUCCGCAAUUCAGAUAUAGAACUUCGAAAAGGAGAAACUGAUAUUGGCAGAAAGAAUACUAGAGUACGACUUGUGUUUCGUGUACACAUCCCACAGUCCAAUGGAAAAGUCCUUUCUCUGCAGACAGCUUCUAUACCUGUUGAAUGCUCCCAGCGGUCUGCUCAAGAACUUCCUCAUAUUGAGAAGUACAGUAUCAACAGUUGUUCUGUAAAUGGAGGUCAUGAAAUGAUUGUUACUGGAUCUAAUUUUCUUCCAGAAUCCAAAAUCAUCUUUCUUGAAAAAGGACAAGAUGGACGACCUCAGUGGGAAGUAGAAGGGAAAAUAAUCAAAGAAAAAUGUCAAGGGGCUCACAUUGUCCUUGAAGUUCCUCCAUAUCAUAACCCAGCAGUUACAGCUGCAGUGCAGGUGCACUUUUAUCUUUGCAAUGGCAAGAGGAAAAAAAGCCAGUCUCAACGUUUUACUUACACACCAGUUUUGAUGAAGCAAGAACACAGAGAAGAGAUUGAUUUGUCUUCAGUUCCAUCAUUGCCUCAUCCUGUCCAGACCCAGAGGCCUUCUUCAGAUACAGGACACCUACAUGACAGUGUACUGUCUGCACAGAGAAGCUUGGUUUGUCCCAUCCAGCUAACAUAUGCAUCCAUGGUAACCUCAACCCAUCUGCCACAGUUGCAGUGUAGGGAUGAGAGUGCUGGUGAAGAACAGCAUAUGAUACCUUCUUCAGUUGUGCACCAACCUUUUCAAGUCACACCAACACCUCCUGUAGGGUCUUCCUAUCAGCCUAUGCAAACUAAUGUCGUAUUCAAUGGACCAACUUGUCUUCCUGUUAAUGCUGCCUCUAGUCAAGAAUUUGAUCCAGUUUUGUUUCAGCAGGAUGCAGCUCUUCCUAAUUUAAUAAAUCUUGGCUGUCAGCCACCAUCAUCCAUACCUUUUCAUUCUUCAAAUUCAGGCUCAACAGGACAUCUCUUAGCCCACACACCUCAUUCUGUGCAGACCUUGCCUCAUCUGCAGUCAAUGGGAUACUGUUGUUCAAACACAGGACAAAGAUCUCUUUCUUCUCCAGUGGCCGAUCAGGUCACAGGUCAGCCUCCCCCUCAGUUACAAACCAUUACGUAUGGUUCUUCACAUUCAGGGACUGCUACAACAGCUUCCCAAGCAGCCUCUCAUCCCUUGGCCAGUUCACCACUUUCUGGGCCACCAUCUCCUCAGCUACAGCCUAUGCCUUACCAGUCUCCUAGCUCAGGAACUGCUUCAUCACAGUCUCUAGCCACCAGAAUGCAUUCUGGACAGCACUCAACUCAAGCACAAAGUACAGGCCAGGGAGGUCUUUCUGCACCUUCAUCCUUAUUAUGUCACAGUUUGUGUGAUCCAGCUUCAUUUCCACCUGAUGAGGCAACUGUGAACAUUAAACCUGAACCUGAAGAGCAGGCACCUAACUUUUCUACAAUUGGUCUUCAGGACAUCACUUUAGAUGAUGUGAACGAGGUAAUUGGGAGAGACAUGUCCCAGAUUUCUGUUUCCCAAGGAACAGGGGCGAGCAGGCAGGCUCCCCUCCCAGGUCCUGAUUCCCUGGAUUUAGGAAGAUCCGACGGGCUUUAACAGCGCUCACUGCAGCCUUGUGUCCACCAUCAUGUACUUCUCAGCAUGUUUCUCUCUUUGGACCUUGGGCUUCCAACUCUGCAACCUUCAGGAUGGAGCCAGGAGUUGGGAUCACCAUAUGUGGGGAAAGCAGCAUUCCUCCGACUCAGGCCUUGGGUAGAUUUUUUAAAAGAACAGGAGCAGCACAGGCUGUCUGAUCUUUGGGGAAAUGAGCUUUGCUUUUUAUAUUUAAAUAGGAUACUUUUAUAUGAUGGGUGCUUUGAGUGUGAAUGCAGCAGGCUCUCCAUUUCAGAGGUGCUGCUUUUGCAGGUGAUCUGGUUGCUUAGCUAGGAUUGGUGAUUUGUACUGCUUUAUUGUCAUUUGAAGGACUCUUUAGCUUUGAUGAUAUUUUUAAAGUAGAAACUUUUGAUAAAACCUUCCAGAGGCAAACAUUUAAAAAAUUAUUCCCCCAAGCCCAUACCUAUGCCUCGGAAACUCAGCAUGUGUCCUGAAGCCUUUCAUAGAUUCAUAGGAAGUAAAGCCAAAUGUAGCUUAUACCUCUUUAUAAAUGUAAACUGUUAGAUAAAAUGACACCAUUCCAAUCAUUGAAGUGUUGGAAUAUAAAAUGACAUUCCAGAGCAUAGCAUUUUUGUAACUUUCUAGGUAAUCUUCCUGCAAUCUCUCCAUGCUGUCUCCAUGUCGAAAUUGCUUUUUUCCCUCAGGGCCUUGGGUAAGAUAACUACAUGUAAGGGAACUUUGAAAGGUGGGGUUUCUUAGCUUGGUAGCUUUAAUUUCCUGCCAUCCAACAAACAGGUAGAUUGUGGAGUACUCUUCCCUUUUGUGUCCUCUGGUCCCAGACCUUUUCCAAGUGGAAGCAUCUGCAUUUGGCUGCCACAAUCUUGUCAUUUGUUUAGGCAACUUUGCUGCUUCUAGCUUAUCUCUAGAGGCCAGGCUGUGUCAGAAGCUAAGUACAAAUGAGCUGUGCUUCAAGACAGGAGCAGAGAACAUUCAGGAUUCCAGAUGGGAUGCUUUUAAGAUUUACGCUGGCAUGGAAGGCUUUUCCCUCAUUCUGUUUACAGCCUAAAAUGAUUCUGGCCUACCCUCCUAUCUGCAUGGCCUAAAAAACAGCCUUUUUCUAAAAGGCUUUGAGGCAAUUCCAAAACUGAGAUAGCAUUCUAAACCUGACCCUCCACACCAAAGAUGCCCUGGUGCUGCUGCUGGAAAGGCUGGUGCCCCAGGCGGGGCCAGCAAGAAACUCCAACCUGCUGUCUACCAAAGGAGGUGCCCGACUUGGGUGCUUUUUUCAAACCCUGCCCAUACCCCUCCCCUUAAUGGGAUUAGUUUCCCGUUCCAAGGCUUGGGCCUAUUUCAACACCCCUGAAGUUUGCAGUAUGUUUUCAAAUGAAAUGUACUUUUAUUCAGGAAGCAAACUUUUUGAGUGCCUACAUGUGAGACAGUGUGCUGGGCUGGUCAAAGGCUUGAUGCUAUUAUUCCAGGGGAUUGUAGGUCCUAGAUGCCAGGACUGUCUACUGAGGCCAAGUGAGGCCUGGGUGGAGGGAGCCAGCUCAUUGCCUACCACCUCUAGUCAACCAGUUAGGAGCUCUUGACCCAGGAUGAGGAAGUAUGGUCUUUUUUUUUUUUUUUUUUUUUUCCUUUAAGCCAUGAUGUUUUAGAGUUCUCCCUAAAAUUAGUUAGAAAAAAAUGCCUGUACUUCAGCAAAUCACUCUAGUCCUUCUUGGGGCCUGGUGUUGUCACAUUUUCUUUGAAAGUGAGUUUUGUGUCACAGUGUGGAUAGUGAGAUUUGCUUCAGGGCCUGUGGUUGGAAGCCCAGAGUUUCCUUUGGAGGGGUUGCGGCGGCUGGCCCCCUUGAAAUGAAGUUCCAGAGAGUUGGCCAGACUUGCCUCCACCCUCUUGCCCCUGGUGUAGCUGCCUCACAUGGGGUUCUUGCAAGAGGUUCCCUUGCAAGACCCUUUGGGGGUUGCUCUGCUGCCCUCAAGAAUAAAAGCCUCUAUGAUACAGAGUUGCUAUGCACCAAAUUUUGAUGCCUUUUAAAUACCUUGAUGCCUGUAGCACUAGAAAUGCUCUUUCCUAUUUAAAAUAAAAAUUAAAUUUUAAAAUAGAGCUUUGUAUACUAUGUAAGCAGUUUUGUAUCAGCUUUGUAAAAGCUUUGGUGUAAAAGACAGUAUUUUUUGGUUUUGUAGAUAAAUACCUUAAUUUUUGUGCAACAUAGUGGUGUUACAGCACACAUCCAUUGGACUAUGCAAAUUGAUUUCUAGUAACAGCACUGAGCAACUGGGCAUGUGCUAGGACCCACCCCUUCCCCCUCCAACCCAUGCUAUAUCUUGGGUUGAGGAAUGGGAUGAGCAAGCAGCCUUCUGCUUACUGGAGAUGCACAGAGAAACAUGGCUGAAAACAGCUAGGAACAGAUGUCUUUGGGUUCCAGUGUGGUGCUGCCACCCGGGGUGCAACCCACCCCUGCCCAGGGUUAGCCACUAUCACCAGAGCUCUGCUGAGUCUGGCUGUAAAGGCCUGUUUUUGAUACUCAGAACAGAUGGUCAUCUGUAAGGCUCAGAUGGGUUCAAGUUGAAACCUUGUAUUUUAUAAAAUGGAUGAUGUUCAAUUAAGGAACUGAUUCUCAGUUAUGUUUACAGCACUUGAGAUUGUGUUUUCUUGUACAUUUUGUAUUUUAAAACCUUUUAUAGGAGUACAGUGCUCCUUACACAAAUACAAAGGGAAGAAGAGCCAGCAAUUCAGGCUCCUCAGUUACAGUGCUGAAAUAAUAAACGGUGACAGGUCAACAGUCUCCUUGAAAUCUGCCUGAGUGUUCCUCUGCACGGGGCUGGUGUGGAGCCCCUCACUCUGUGCCAAAGUGAAGGGCACUUUGGCUUUUAAAAAGUCCACUUGGUUGGGAACCUUUGUUUAUUUUACGGAGGAGAGGGUAGAGUUCCAAAUUCCUUCCGAAGCUUCAGUUCAGCACCCUCUAAUGGGUGCAAAGGACAUUCCAAGGUGUCUGCUGAGUUCAGGACAACUGACCUGCCCAAGGUGUACAUGAAAAGUAGGCAGAAGUCCCUUUAAAAGUCAAGCCUGAGUUUUUGUGUGCGGGCCUCCUGCCCCCUAUUGUCCUCUGGGGAUAUUGCAGUACAGUCCAUCAAAACAGCCUGUGAUUUUUGCCAUCUGUUAUUCUUUGUGUCAAGCUAAAGGGGGGCUAGCAUCCUUAGGUGGGACCACCCCUGGCGGCAGUGUGACCACAGAGGUCAGUACCCUGGGAACUGGGGCCAGCGCUCUCUGCCACCCUGCCCCCCACCAGAAGGGACAGGGGAAGGUAGAACAUUGAGAUCUUUACUCAGAAGCCCUCUGGAGUCAUACGCUGAAGGCACCAGGGUUUACAUUUUAAAAA